CAGUGCAUGAAGAGCGUCGAUUUGAGCGAAGACGCAAGUUAAUUAAUGGCAGAACUGUGUUACUAUUGCACGAAAAGUACUUGAGUACCUAAGAUCGAACUUAACGGAAAAUGUUUACUCUAGAACAUACUUGACUAUUUUUAUUCAGAUGCGAGCAUACACCAAGUGUUGUUUAUAUAAAGGGUGAAUGCGCUAAAAAAGGCUUGGAAAUAGCUUACGUAUCUGUUCAACUGUGUGCUUCAGAUACCAGAAAAAAUGAGACAUUUAAAUAAAGGCAACCUUCGCGCCGCUGCAGUCUCCAAAUUCCUGCUUCUUCUUGUAACACUGCAAGCGUUCGUUGUGGCGGCAUACGAACGGACAAACACAGGCGAUACCAUCAAUCGUAACCGGCAAAAGCGGCAGGUGGGUGACCUUAUUUUAAUGGGAUACAAAGCAGAGAAAGCACUGCCGGGACAUCCGGGCUCUGGGGACUUCUUCAAUCAAAUCGGGAAGAAACGGUCGUCGUCUGCUUCGACGCGCAGAGAUGGAUUUCCCGUCUGGUUGCCCGGCAUGCACGCUGACGCCGAAGGGUUUCUGGUCGCUCCUGAAGAGUUCCAGCAUUCCUAGUGAUCCAUGAACUAAACACGAUCCAAUUGAAUGUCUUCAUUUUAUUAAGGACGUUGAUAUGUAUAGACCUUGUGUACUAGUUUAUACAAUGUAUAAUUAAUAAAAAAGAUUGGUUUGUU